UCCGCGCGGCGUUGCGGCAGUGACGCGAGCAGGCGCGGCGAGUGUCGGGUGACCUUCAGAGGCCGCGGUGGGCGCAAGGCCGCGUUCCCGCUCUCUCUCCUCUCCUCUCCUCUCCUCAGCGAGCCGCCAUGCCGAGGGGUGGCCGGAGCCGCACGUCCCGCGUGGCGCCCCCCGCCAGUCGGGCACCACAAAUGAGAGCUGCAUCACCGGCACCUGCUGCUCGGGCGCCCGUCCCAGCAGCGGCACCGGCUUCUGCUGUGGCUGCUCCGGCACCGAAGCAGCCUGGUCUGAUGGCACAGAUGGCUACAACUGCUGCUGGAGUUGCUGUAGGCUCUGCUGUAGGCCAUACCAUAGGUCAUGCGCUUACAGGAGGAUUUGGUGGAGGAAGCAGCUCUGAAGCUGCAAGGCCUGAUAUUACUUACCAGGAGCCCCAGGCUGCUCAGCCUGCCUACCAGCAGCAGCAGCAGUCGCAGUUUGCUCCUUGCCAGUACGAAAUGAAACAAUUCCUGGAGUGUGCUCAGAACCAGACUGACCUCAAGCUGUGCGAGGGCUUCAGUGAAGUACUGAAGCAGUGCAGGUUUGCUAAUGGUUUAGCCUAAGCCUUCAGAACCAGGUUGCUGAAGACCGUCUUACAAGAACUGACCUGUGAAUGAAAAAAAGCUUCAGUAAUAAAGUCUAAGGCUCUCUGAAACUCUGUUAGUUCAUAUAUGCACACUGUUGUUCCCCUCGUGGCUUGAUUCCUGCCAUAGCCGCUACAGAUGUGAUACAGCUCACAGCAGGUUAAUCUAGCACAAAAUGGAAGAAUGAACAAAAAGCAGAACGAGCUAAUUUGGGCUAACUGGUUUGCUGAUUGUUGUGGUGAAUGUGAAUGAUACAGUGUAUAAAUAAACUCCCUCUAGAAGUA